AUGGCGCUAUUUUGUUUACGACCGAUGCGGCGAUACGGUCGUAUGAACAGGGAUAAUAACGAUGAUGAUAACAACGACGAAAUCGACGGUGAUACUUCCGGUGACUCGCUUCUUUGGUCUAGAGAACUCGAGAGACAUUCGUUCGGUGAUUUCUCUAUGUCCGUUGUGCAAGCUAAUGAGGUUAUUGAAGAUCAUAGUCAAGUCGAGACUGGUAACGGAGCAGUCUUCGUCGGAGUUUACGAUGGUCAUGGUGGUCCUGAAGCUUCUAGAUACAUCUCUGAUCAUCUCUUUGCCCAUUUGAUGAGAGUUUCGAGAGAGAAGGGUGCUAUUUCAGAGGAGAGUCUAAGAGCUGCAUAUUCUGCAACUGAGGAAGGGUUUCUCACGCUUGUGCGAAGGACUUGCAGCUUAAAACCGUUGAUUGCAGCCGUUGGAUCUUGCUGUCUUGUCGGAGUUAUAUGGAAAGGGACUUUGCUUAUCGCUAACGUUGGUGAUUCCCGUGCUGUGCUUGGUUCCACGGGUAAUAAUAAUAGUAGGUCAAACAAGAUUGUAGCUGAGCAAUUGACAAGUGAUCAUAAUGCUGCUUUGGAAGAAGUUAGACAAGAGCUUAGGUCGUUGCAUCCUGAUGAUUCGCAUAUCGUUGUCCUCAAACAUGGUGUGUGGCGCAUCAAAGGCAUCAUUCAGGUGUCUAGAUCAAUCGGGGAUGCGUACUUGAAGCGACCAGAGUUCUCCCUCGAUCCUUCAUUUCCACGGUUCCAUAUCCCUGAACGGCUUCAAAGACCAGUUUUAUCAGCAGAACCCUGUGUCUACACAAGAGUCUUACAAACAAACGACAAAUUUGUGAUAUUUGCAUCAGAUGGACUCUGGGAACACAUGUCAAACCAGCAAGCUGUAGAUAUAGUGAAUAAACAUCCUCGUCCUGGAAUAGCGAGAAGACUGGUAAGAAGAGCUAUGACCAUAGCCGCAAAGAAAAGAGAGAUGAGGUACGAUGAUUUGAAGAAAGUGGAGAGAGGAGUGAGGAGAUUCUUUCAUGAUGAUAUAACAGUGGUUGUGAUAUUCAUAGACAACGAGCUUCUUAUGGUGGAGAAAGCAACUGUUCCUGAAUUGUCCAUUAAAGGUUUUUCUCAUACUGUUGGACCUUCCAAGUUCAGUAGCUUCUUCUCAUAG